GCAAACUUUUGGGGCGUACCUCGAUUUGCAAGCUAGAUCGAACUAGAUAAAACAAGUUUUGCUCAUUAUGAGUAGAUCUUGCUCUCAGUGAAAGAUGUUGCUUUUUAAUGCUAUUAUGAUUUUGCUACUUUCUGGACAUUAUUUUGCUCAAGAUGAAACCAGCAUUACUCACAAUCAUUGUCCAAGAAUGGGGUUCACACUUUGGAGCAAUUUGACACUAACUUGUAGUCGAAUUUGCAGCCAACAAGCAGAAAGCGAUCGCGAUCUAGAUUUAUGGUAUAUUCUACCAGGAGAAAAUUUGCUCCGUCAAUUAGAUCUCCCUAAUAACUUUACUUACAUUAUUGGUGGAAACCAGCAGAAAAUAAACGAAUUUGAGAAUGAUACUGGAGUGUCUUUAAGUUUAACUAAUAACAACACUGAAGAUUCGUGUAAUGCAGGUGAAGUGAUUCAGUAUUCACUCACCAUAGAGAAUGCAAGGAGCAGUAUUGAUGGGCUUGUGGUUGCUUGUGGAGCUAGAAAAAUUGAGAAUGGUAAAACCACUGACCGGAGGACUUCAAACUCAACCGUGUUAUAUCUAAAAAGUCAGAUUACGACAUAUACAACCUCUAAAAUAACAGUGUUUCCUGGUAGCAGCACCACAGUUAGCUGUACCCGUCAACUGUAUCCUGAUAGAGAGGACUCUAUACGUAAUCGAUUGAGACUUCAAUUACAAGGCGAAAUAUUUAAAAUCGAGGAAAAUCUUGACAAAAUAGUUGCAUUUCUUGGCAUAACUUUGGAAUGGAAUACAAGUCCCAACACAUGUACGUAUAAAGGGUUUGUGAACUACACUCUUACUAUUGGAAACAUUAACCAAAACGUUGAUGGAAUGUUGAUAACAUGUGGAGCUAGAACAGUUAUCGGAACUGCCAACCAUGAUGAAUGGUAUGCUGAUCACUCAGUGGAACUAGUUUUACAUAACACAACAGAGCUUGAAGCUACUAUAGAACAGCUGGAAAAGUGCAAAGAUAACAUAACUGAGCUUGAAGCUACCAUAGUAGCCGCAAUGGCACCGCUGGAAAAGUGCAACGCUGAUAAAGAUAUCAUAAUUGGUACACUCGGAACAAUUUUACUACUAGUUGCCCUAUUCAUAAUACUUUUAAUAGUUAUCAGAUACUGCAUAUUCCUUAAAACUAAAUAUAAUAAUCGAAGAAAAACAUCUGUGGGAAAAGAGCACUCGUAGCUCGAAAACGACCUGAACUGUAAUGAUCUAGAACAUUCUAGAUUGUGUGUAGGCGUAUAGGUAUAUAUUUAUGAUUUGUGCCAUGUGCUGUUAGUAUCUCCAUUUAUUCCUUUUUGUUAAAGCUGAGCUGUUGUUCUAAAUUCUGUUGCUAUCGCUAUUAUAAACUGACUGGCUGCGCCAACAACAUCAGCAUGAGGUUCAAAGUAACCUUUGACAAUGUUUAUGCUAAUUAUAAUUAUGUAACUGGCUUUAUUUUUUUUCUGUCCCUGUAAUUAUAAUUAUGUAUGUAAGUUUUCUGA